AUGCUUUCCGGCGAGCAGUUGCUCGAGCAGGCUGCCAAAGAUGGCUCCAUGGUUCCCAGCGAGUGGCCGCGCGCCCUUGAAAUCGUCUUGUCGAGACUUGAACACAUCGUCUCCAACGAAUUUCCCACCCCCACGAUCCCUCCACCCACCGCCGAUGAGCGAGAGCGCUCGGCGACCCCCAGCAAACCGCCGCUCGAGGGCGUUCCUGCAAGUCAAGAAACCACAACUGCGGACAAGGAAAACGCACCGCCCGCCAGUAGUAGCAAUGCUGCCGCCACAGUCCCCAACGCAGCCGCGCAAAAUACGCCUUCGCCAGGGCCCUCCGCACAAGCUUUGUCCCGCUCCGGCUCGCAAGAUGCCAACAGUGCCCCUUCACCCACCGUCGUAGGAGGCAGCGGCGCCGGUGCUGGCGAUGGCGGCAACACAACCGAGGCCCACGAGGCUGCUGCGGCAACAUCUUCGCUGCCGCCCGAGUUGGCGAACCUGUACACAUCGAUUGUGGGGGCCUUGCAGAAGCAGUUCGGACAGGAGCCGCCGCACACGGUGCAGCGGCUUGCAGAGCUUGCACUGUAUCCGCAGGCACACUACCGUUUCUUGCCGCCCUACCUGCGCGCGCUGGACCGGGUGGUGAGUGUGAGCAGUUCUACGACGGUGUUUCCGCUACCGCAGGCCGCGGUGCCGGCGAGCACAGGCAUCCUCAACGGCAUCACGCCGACGAGCAGCACCACACCGGCGGCGGUUUCUCCUACAGCGGCGGCUCUGGGCAGCGAUGAGAGUUUAGGUGGAGCUCUGCUGACGCCGAUACCGUGGUUGCAGAAUCGUGGUAGCAGUGGGGCUGGUGGAUCGUCCAGCAACGCGAACGGGAAUAGCGAACUCAUCAGCGAGAGCACGGAAAUGGUGGACGGACCGAACGGUGCAGGUCGCAUCGAGACAGUGUCGGUCAUCAACGGCGCAUUGAGCUCGACUACGUCCGCUCCGAGCACCGGUGCUGGUUCUGCUGCUACCGCCACCACCUCCGCGACAACGAGCCCCUCGACUGGUGCUACCUCUGGCAACACGGCUGAGAGCCUGAGGGAGGCCGGCGCGGUGACACAGGGGGAGCUGCUGCGGCAGGAACAGGAGGCGGGCGUCGUGCCCGUGGGACAGAGCAAUCCCAGACGGGGACUGCUUCCAGGCUACGCUGCAACUGCCGCCGCUGCGUCGGGGGCUGCAGCUGGUGGUGAGCAGAAGGAGGGUGAAGCAACAGUGGAUGAGGGGAAGCACGAUGAGAUUCCACACGCGAGAGGUCCAGAUGAGGUGGGCGCCGAAGACGUGGGCCCUCAACAGAGUGGCACUGGUGGAAUCAAUUUAGAAGCUGCAGUGGGCAGAGCGCCAGUCGCAACAACGAAGAAGGACGGAGAGGGCGAGGGAGAUGCGGGAGAGACCGAUGAUGGUAGCAGCAGCAAGAAGCCUAUGCCAGAGCAACCUCUCAGCCCGGAAGCGGAAAUGAAGGAUGUUGACGAUGCGGAUGAUGAAGAGGGAGCAAAAACUGAGUCGGGCGAUGAGAAGGCAGCUGCGGAGGGGGGUGAAAAGGCGAGUGAGAAGAGUGCUAAAGAAACAGAAAAGAGUUCGGAUCAAAAAGAUGAUGGAGGCAAGUCGGACACGGAAAUGACGGAUUGA